AUGUCCUCUGACGCCACCGAUACCACUGCGCCCCAGUCGCAGUUCCAGAAGAUCGGCGAUCUAGUCGAGCAAAAUGAGGACACCGGGGUUAUGAGCGUGGAGAGUCUCUGCAUGAACUGCCACGAAACCGGAACGACCCGUCUGUUGCUUUUGAAAGUCCCCUUCUUCCGCGAUGUCAUCCUCGAGUCCUUCGAGUGCCCACACUGCCAUUUCAAAGACAAUUCCGUCAAGUCGGCUGGUCAGAUCCAGGAGAAGGGAAGCAAGUACACGUUGGACGUGGAGAACGAGGACGAUCUCCAGCGCCAGGUGAUUCGCAGUGAUGUGUCCAUUUUCAAGGUGGAAUCGCUGGGUAUUGAGAUGCCCAAGGGCGAGAGCCAGCUCACUAACAUCGAGGGUGUCAUAAUGCGCAUCCACGAGUCGCUGGCAAGCGAGCAGCCCCUUCGCAAAGUGCAGGCCCCCGAACUCCACGACGCUCUCGAGCCGAUCAUCCAGAAAUUGAAGGCUAUCCUGGAUCGCAGCGGUUUCCCUUUCACUGUCUCCCUCGACGACCCGACGGGUAACUCUUGGAUCGCGCCCAAUACAACCGACCGUGGCAGGAAGUACCGCCGUACUGAAUACCCUCGUACCGCCGAGCAGAACGAAGAGCUGGGUCUCGCUUCCGACCCCGAAACCGGCAAACAUGAAGGAGUCCCAAUGGCCGAGACCGAGCUUGAUGAGUCCGAAAUCGUUGAUGGACAAGUCUACACUCUCCCCGCGCACUGUCCAGCCUGCACCAAGCCCUGUGUGGUCAACAUGAAAAAGGUCCACAUUCCAUAUUUCAAAGAAGUUUUCAUCUGGUCGACCGUAUGCGACGGAACCCUUAUCGACGGCCAAACGGGUCAAGGCGAAGGUGGAGGCUGCGGAUACAAGAGCAACGAAGUUAAGACCGGUGGCGAAAUCCCAGAGAAGGGCAGGCGGAUCACUCUCAAGGUGGAGAACAUCGUCGAUCUGUCUCGAGACAUCCUCAAGUCCGACACCUGCGCGCUGUCCAGCCAGGAACUCGAGCUCGAAGUGCAACCGGGAACUCUGGGUGGUCGCUUCACUACAGUAGAGGGUCUCCUAACUGAGAUUAAGGAGCAAUUGUCCUCGAAUCUCUAUGAUAUCGAAGAUGUGGGCCACGCCGGCGGUGACAGCAUGGCCAGUUCCGAGAAGCAGAAGUGGGACCGCUUCUUCGCCAACCUGGACUCCGCUAUCUCGGGCGAGUUGAAAUUCACCAUCACUCUUCAAGAUCCCUUGGCGAACAGCUACGUCCAGGAUCUGUGUGCGCCUGCGGCGGAUCCGCAGAUCACGACUGAGGAGUACACCCGCACCGACGAGGAGGAGGAUGACCUUGGCUUGAAGGACAUGAAGACUGAAGGGUACGAGGAGGAGGAGCAAAAGUCAUGA